AUGGCGCAGCCCAUCCUGGGCCAUGGGAACCUGCAGCCCGCCUCGGCCGCUGGCCUGGCCUCCCUGGAGCUGGACUCGUCGCUGGACCAGUACGUGCAGAUUCGCAUCUUCAAAAUCAUCGUGAUCGGGGACUCCAACGUGGGCAAGACCUGCCUGACCUUCCGCUUCUGUGGGGGUACCUUCCCGGACAAGACUGAAGCCACCAUCGGCGUUGACUUCAGGGAGAAGACGGUGGAAAUCGAGGGCGAGAAGAUCAAGGUUCAGGUGUGGGACACAGCAGGUCAGGAACGCUUCCGCAAGAGCAUGGUGGAGCACUACUACCGCAACGUGCAUGCUGUGGUCUUUGUCUACGACGUCACGAAGAUGACAUCCUUCACCAACCUCAAAAUGUGGAUCCAAGAAUGCAAUGGGCAUGCUGUGCCCCCACUAGUCCCCAAAGUGCUUGUGGGCAACAAGUGUGACUUGAGGGAACAGAUCCAGGUGCCCUCCAACUUAGCCCUGAAAUUUGCUGAUGCCCACAACAUGCUCUUAUUUGAGACGUCGGCCAAGGACCCCAAAGAGAGCCAGAAUGUGGAGUCAAUUUUCAUGUGCCUGGCUUGCCGAUUGAAGGCUCAGAAAUCCCUGCUCUAUCGUGAUGCUGAGAGGCAGCAGGGAAAGGUGCAGAAACUGGAUUUCCCACAGGAAGCUAACAGUAAAACUUCCUGUCCCUGUUGA